UUUGUAUUGUUUCGGGCAGUUCACAUUGUUCAUUGUAACAACCGCGAGUCCUCAAGCAAUAAAUGACUGCGUUCGUAGACACCAACCGUCAGCUGUCUCUCUGCAAAAAAUAAAAGAAGCAAAAAAUAAAAAAGGUCUAACUAUACAAGAGUGGAUGAGAAUUGCAAGAAACAGAGUGAAAGAUGGACUACGACGAAGAAGAAUACGAUCAGUACCAACAGUACGAGGAUGAGCUCUACAGGGAUGCCAGCGAACAAAGUACGUCCGACAACGAGGUGGAUAGUGAGUUGGAAGAUAACAUGUUAGCGCACAUUCACUACUCGUCGAAUCUGUACAAGAAAGUUGGCUCAAGCUCCACCACUAACAUAGGGAGUCUCGCUGCAUCACCGACUGCGGCAGAAGACUAUUUCAGGGCUGUCAAUCAGGGAACGGAGUUGGACUCGGACAAUGAUGAAGACAUCCAAAGUACCUCACGCAAAAGAGGAAAAUUUUCAGAGACAGGAAAUAAACAGCUAUCGGAGGAUUUAAAAGAAGAUGCUGAUGCUGAGGACGAUAGUAAUUCGGAAGAGGAGUCUCGUUAUAAUCUAGAGAAGAAGAAAGUAAAUGCGGUUACGUGGGAUCAACAUGUAGAGCCUCAAAGUGACAGUCAAAAAACGAACGAAACGACGAGGCCUGAAGGAGAUGAUUUACGCGACGAAGAGGAUAUAUCUGGAUCUGGAAGCGAAGUCAGUGACAAAGAACCACCAAGUUCUAAUAUGGAAAUAGAUAGGGAGGAAGAGAAAGAAGGAGAGGAAAAAGAGGAGACAUACGAUCAACAUAUCCUGGAUCUGGGUAGACCUGUAGUAGAACUAAGAGGCGCAUCAAAUAAUUAUGAUGUAGACUCGGAGCUUGCUCACUUAGAAGACGAAGAAUUCAAGGGACGUAGCCGCUACUACAUGGAGUUUAAAGGUCAACCGAAAGAACAGCUAUGUCAUCGAUGUGGACGUGGAGGACAUAUUGCUCGUGAUUGUCAGGCCCUUGUUUGCAAUAUUUGUGGUACCAAGGAUGACCACACAUCACAGGACUGCCCAACACAAGUUUGUUUCAACUGUCGGAGAAAAGGCCACAUUUCCGAUAGUUGUCCAUACCCCAGAGGAUACGCCGCAUACACAUCUUGUAACAAGUGCUAUGCAAGGAACCAUGCUACAGAGGAUUGCCCCACUGUGUGGCGGGAGUACAUCGUUGUCUCGAAAGAACCGUUACAGAAGGUUGUAAAAUAUUGCUACAAUUGCUCCGCAUCUGGACAUUUUGGCGAUGAUUGUUCUCGACCUAGGCCAUCCUAUGCUCGAUCAAGUACUUCUGCUUUCUUUAGCAACUCAGAGUCAACCUCGUUUGCAACAUUUAGACUUUCCGCAAAUACAACAUUAAAACCGAGCACAGCACAACAUCGAGUGGCUACGGGUUCAUCUGCAAAAACUAGCCAUAACAACUUAGCCUCUUCAAGGCAUGAUACAUCCCGUCAUUCAGAUCACAAUCGCCACAAGUCAUCGUCGUCCUCCUCUUCGCAUCGUGAACGCAGGAGCUCAGGUCACUAUCAUGACGAUUAUCGCGAUGGUCGUCGUAGUGGUGCUUCCCACUCUUCAUCCAAAAGCGAUCAUCGUCAUUCGCGUCGGGACCGAGACCGAGACCGAGACCGAGACCGAGACCGAGACCGAGACCGCAACCGUGACCGUGGCCGAGAUAGAGAUCGGGAUCGAGAUCAAUGGAAUUACCACGACCGAGAUCUUGAUCACACAGCUUAUGAAAAUGACGAAAAAGCGGGUGAAGACAGCAAUAGGAGCAAUAGUCGCAGAAAUCACAAAAAAUCAAAAAGGCAUAAUAGGAAUGAGAGUAGUCAAAGUCAGACAGACUAUCAUGAUGGAUCAGACAAUAUCCGGAUGGACAUGAUGGAGCCCACAACAGCGACCGGUGUAACUAUAUCAAAUGAAAGUAUAUCAUCUUCAAGCGCCUCUCAGCCGCCCUCAAGGUCCUCAAGCAUUAGCUCACAACGUAACAGUGGCGGCAAGUUACAUCACUCUUUACCUGACAAUCCUAAACAUCGCAGUAAUAACAACAAUAAUGGCCGAAUACAAGGAAGUAAGGGGGAUGGUAACAAAAACAACAACAACAGCGACGCCAGCGGUGGCGGCGGUAAUAAUGCCAAUGGUGGCGCAAUUUCCAGUCGACAAUCGUUCGCUGAGCAAAACGCUUUUCCACGAGGCACUAGUUAUGGUUCCAAUCCUUCCAGUCCUGCCUUUGGUGGCAGUGGUUUGAUUGGUGUUCCACCCUCUCGUUCAAGCCCUUCUACUCCCGGUCCUCCUCGCCCAAUGUAUACAGGAGGGUAUUCGCGAAGACGAUAA